GAACAAAAUCAGAGCAGAACAAAAAGAAACAGAAGUUUGUUUUACUACGGUCCACCAUCUCCUCAAUUUCAAGAAACGGAAGCUGAAGAAGAAGAAGAAAAAGAAGGAGAAGGAACAGCAACAAUAACAACAGUAGCACAAACCGUUACUUUCAAACAUGAACAACUGUAAACUAAGAGUCUGUAAUUGGCAGGAAGUUUAAUAUGAUGGCAUUUAUCAAAUUUGAUCCUUGGAAGCCCUUAAUAAUUCAUAAAUAUGAUGGAAACCCUUAGAGUCAGAUGACAUUGUUCUUUCCUUGUUUUAGUGGAUAUAUGGCUAAUCAUUCUUUAGUAUUGGAUAAUACUUCUGUUAGUACUGUUACUAUAUCAGAACAUCCAUUAGUCAUUGGGCAAGAGUUUCCAGAUGUGGAAACCUGCCGAAGGACACUGAAAGAUAUUGCCAUAGCUAUGCAUUUUGAUCUUCGGAUAGUUAAGUCAGAUCGCAGUCGUUUUAUAGCAAAAUGCUCCAAAGAAGGUUGCCCAUGGCGUGUCCAUGUAGCAAAGUGUCCUGGUGUUCCAACUUUCACCAUAAGAACCCUACAGGGAGACCAUACUUGUGAGGGAGUUCGCAAUCUUCAUCAUCAGCAAGCAUCAGUUGGUUGGGUUGCAAGAUCUGUUGAAGCACGCAUUCGAGAUAAUCCACAAUAUAAACCAAGGGAAAUACUGCAAGAUAUUCGAGAUCAGCAUGGAGUUGCUGUUUCUUACAUGCAAGCUUGGCGUGGGAAGGAACGCAGCAUGGCUGCACUUCAUGGAACAUUUGAAGAAGGUUAUCGUCUUCUCCCUGCAUACUGUGAGCAAAUAAGGAAAACUAACCCUGGUAGUAUUGCAUCUGUUGUUGCCAUUGGACAAGAAAAUUGUUUUCAACGCCUGUUUAUUUCUUAUCGUGCAUCAAUUUAUGGGUUUAUAAAUGCUUGUAGGCCACUUCUAGAACUUGACAGAGCACAUCUUAAAGGAAAAUACCUAGGUACAUUGCUUUGUGCUGCAGCUGUUGAUGCUGAUGAUGCUUUGUUUCCUUUGGCUAUUGCUGUUGUUGAUACUGAAAGUGAUGAAAACUGGAUGUGGUUCAUGUCAGAAUUGCGAAAACUUCUAGGAGUAAACACAGACAACAUGCCUAGACUGACAAUACUGUCUGAAAGGCAAAGAGGCAUGGUAGAGGCAGUAGAAACACAUUUUCCUAGUGCUUCACAUGGAUUCUGUCUGCGUUAUGUUAGUGAAAAUUUCCGCGAUACAUUUAAAAACACGAAGUUGGUAAACAUCUUUUGGAAUGCUGUUUAUGCACUUACAGCUGCUGAAUUUGAAAGCAAGAUUAGCGAGAUGAUGGAAAUUUCGCAAGAUGUUAUAUCGUGGUUUCAACAAUUUCCUCCCUAUCUUUGGGCUGUGGCAUACUUUGACGGUGUUCGAUAUGGCCAUUUCACACUUGGGGUAACAGAAUUAUUGUAUAACUGGGCCCUUGAAUGUCAUGAGCUCCCUAUAGUGCAGAUGAUGGAACACAUCCGCCAGCAGAUGGUAUCUUGGUUUAAUGAUCGGCAAGAUAUGGGCAUGAGGUGGACAUCAAUUCUUGUACCAUCAGCUGAGAAGCGGAUCUUGGAGGCAAUUGCUGAUGCUCAUUGCUAUCAAGUACUCCGGGCAAAUGAAGUUGAGUUUGAAAUUGUGUCAACUGAGAGGACCAAUAUUGUGGAUAUACGGAGUCGUGAGUGUUCUUGUCGCCGGUGGCAGCUUUAUGGUUUACCUUGUGCCCAUGCUGCUGCUGCACUUAUUUCUUGUGGACACAAUGCCCAUAUGUUUGCUGAACCGUGCUUCACUGUACAAAGUUACAGAAUGACCUAUUCACAGAUGAUAAAUCCUAUACCAGAUAAGAGCCAAUGGAGAGAUCAGGGAGAAGGAGCAGAAGGUGGAGGAGCAAAGGUUGAUAUCAUAAUUCGUCCACCAAAGACUCGCAGACCUCCUGGAAGGCCUAAAAAGAAGAUUCUACGAGUUGAGAACUUUAAGCGUCCCAAAAGAGUUGUUCAAUGUGGUCGCUGCCAUAUGUUAGGACAUUCUCAAAAGAAAUGCACAAUGCCCAUUUGACAAAUUUGUUUACUUGUUAAAAUAUCUCUUGUUUCAGCAACAUUACCUGCAAUAGAAUCAAUGUUGUGUUGUAUUGUAAUUUAAAUGUAUUCUGAACCAGUCAGUGACAGAAUAAGGAUCCAUUAGUUUUUGCCAUAAUUUUAUAGAAUUGUUUCGCAAUGGUGGUGGGCUGUCAGCAUGCUCUGUUUUCUCGUCUCACUUAACAAUUAGUUAAUUAAUGACAGAAAAUUGUCUUAGUGGUUUGUCUCUGUUCUGGAGAUUGUUUCACAAGUUGGGCAAAAUAACUCGAACUGGUUUAUCUUCAUUCCUCCAAAUGCUGCCUUGGUCUUCAGGUCUUGCACUUUUAGUUCUCUUCCUUUGUUAAUAUCUUGAAGUAGUACAUGCCUUUCUUAAUUGAAUUUUCAUGAACUAUACUCUAGAGGAAUGAUAAACUCAAGAAAACUGAUCGACUGACUCAGGACACUCCCAUGGAAACAAUACAGAUACUCAACUUACAGAUGAAUGGAAGAUGUCACUAGACAUUUUCUUCUCAUUAUUGCCUAUUGGGCCAGUUCUACGCAGAAUUUGUCCAAUGAAUCUUUAGAAUUUUUUCCUUAAAUGUGUUUUCUCGUUUUGCUUUCAUAUUGUUGGAUAAAGUGCUGUUUCUACCUAAUGCAGGUUUUAUUAUUUCAAGGCUGCAUAUAUUCAAGUGCUUCUGUUUUGGCAGCAAGCUGCAAGCGAGUUAAUUAUUACUAG